AUGUUAUUAUCAUUCUUCUUCUUUCUUUCUUUCUCUCCCCUCCCUCUCCCUCUCUCUCUCUCUCUCUCUCUCUCUCUCUCUCUCUCUCUUAUGACACAGAUUUCGUUUGAGGAAAAAGUGACGUUCUUCAUAAUGGGCGAUUUUAAAAUAACUCUGUGUAAAUACGGAACUGUUUUGGUGCUACUGUCGACGAUAAUAAUACUGCAAAUAGUAUUACUCACUCGAUCCUACACGUCAGAGUUAAGUCCAAUGAGCUCAGAAGAUUUUGUUACAGAUGUACUUUACUCUCCAUUUUUUUUCACUAAGGAAGAACAUGAAAAGUAUAGAAAUUUAACCAAAAUGGAGAGACUUUAUGAUCGGUGCUGUAAAACAAAUACAACCUGGAUAAGCCCUCAAACAAUGAAGGAUGUCUACGGAAUUGAACGAACGUUGGCGCAAUUCCAGGACAAGAAACAGUUUUUUAAGCAUGAUGAAUGCUCAGUGCGGGACCCUGACUGUUCGUGUUUAUGUGCUGUAGAACGUGUUCUGGUCUCUGGCGUUUAUAUAAACAGUGGUAUAAAAGAUAGACAUUCCGUUGGCACUUUUGUAGCUGAUUCCUGCUGUAAAUGUUUACACCAGUAA